CACCAUCAUCAGGGUGAAGAUCUGAUGAACAUGAAAACUGAGUGUGACGUAGAAGAGACGUAUGUGAGGGAUGAUCAGCAAUAUAUGGAGGAGGCUGGAAUGACGAGGACAUUCAUAGAGGAGGACACUCCUACAGAGAUCAGCACAGGUGACCCAUAGUAUAUUCUUCUCUUAUCUCUGCUCUGUUACUGCUCCCUGAUUGGUCGGAGAUAUAGGACCUCCACAGAGAACAUCUCCUCCCUCAUAUCUACCUGAUCCAGAUGCUCACUGAUUGGUCCAGAGUAGGGCAGGAGCUGAUAGAUAUCAGCCAAUGUCUUUUCUCGGAGGAGGACCGAAGGCCCUUUGACUGAAGAGGGGAAGAGUCCCAGCUGGUUGGGACCUCCUCAGAGAACAUCUCCUCACUCAUAUCUACCUGAUCCAGAUGGAAUCUUGAUGGAAGUGAACUAACCCUCUCAGAUAUAUUGAUGAUGUUUUUCUAUUUUUCCAGGACAUGCCAUGGAGAAACCCUCAAAGGAUCGUCUCACUUUAUCUCCAGGUUGUAAAAUGGAAGAUGAGGACAUCACAGGAGAUUGUGGAGGAGAAAAGACAAUGAGCUCCGCUAUGGAUGGAGGACUUCACAGUGUGGAUAGACCAUGGAAUCCCUCCGACUCUGAGCAACCUCGUACUGUGAGGGGUGGGGCCGGAAUUCUGGGGGAGGAGACAUUUCCCUGUCCCGAAUGUGGGGAACAUUUUAGCUGUGAGCUAAGCCUUUCUGCUCACAAGAGAUCUCUCAUAGGAAAUGAGUUACAUUCCUUGAAAUCUUUUAUGUAUCAAUCAGAACGUGUCGCACAUCGCAAAUCUGACAAGGAGGAGAAGCCGUUUUUCUGUCCUGAGUGCGGGAAACGUUUUUCAAGGAAGUACUGUCUUUCCAGACAUCAGAGAGCUCACACGGGAGAGAACAUGUAUUCCUGCCCUGAUUGUGGAAAAUAUUAUACACAGAAAUCAGACCUUGUUAUACAUCUAAGAUCUCACACCGGGGAGAGGCCGUAUUCCUGCCUUGAGUGCGGGAAAUGUUUUUCAGAUAAGAAUAGUCUUACCAGGCAUGAGAGAUUGCACGUGGGUGAGAAGCCGUAUACCUGCCCCGAGUGUAGAAAAUGUUUUUCCCGGAAGUCUCAUCUCGCUAAACAUCAGACAUGCCACAAAUGGGAUAAACUGUUUUCCUGCCCUGAGUGCGGGAAAUGUUAUGUACGGAAAUCUGAACUUGUCAGGCAUCAAAAAUCUCACAAGGGAGAAGCUGGGACCGAGGGAAACGUUUUUCAAGGAAAUCUUGUCUUGCCAAACGUCACAGAACCCGCACAACCCUCGAGUUGUAUUAGUGUCCUCGGUGCCGGAAAUGUCAUCUACAUGAAUCAUAUUUUGCCGUAUGUCGGAGACCCCACACUGGGAAUAAGCUCACCUUGAUAACAACCCAUGAUGAGUCCUCUAGUCUUUCAUAUGUAAGGUUUCAGCUAGCCUAUCCAGCGCUUAAGACUAGGCCUAGAUAGCCUAUACAUUUUUAGGCUGAGGCUUAGCUGGCCUACGCAUUGGCCAAGCCCGGGCCCAGCUACCCAACCAGCUCCUGAGCCCAGGCUUAGUUAGCCUACUCAGUUUGGCUGAGGCUUAGCUAGCCUACGCAUUGGCCAAGCUACCCGACCAACUCUUGAUCCCAGGGCCAGCUAGCACACCCAGCUCUUGAUCUCAGGCCUAGAUAGCCCUCCCAGCUCUUGAGUCCAGGCCUGGAUAGCCUUCUCAAUUUUUAGGCUGAGGAUUAGCUGGCCUACACAUUGGCCUAGCCCAGGCCCAGCUACCCAACCAACUCUUGAUCCCAGGCCUAGAUAGCCCAUCCAGCUCUUGAGCCCAGGCCUGGAUAGCUUACUCAAUUUUCAGGCUGAGUCUUAGCUAGCCUACGUAUUGGCCAAGCCCUGGUAAGCCAACCAGCUCUUGAGCCCACGCCCAGUUAGCCUACUAAAUUUUCAGACCGAGGCUUAGCUAACCUAUGCAUUGGCCAAGCCCAGGCCCAGCUACCGAUCCAGCUCUUGAGCCCAGGCCUGGAUAGCCUAUUCAGUUUUCAGGCUGAGGCUUAGCUAGCCUACGCAUUGGCCAAGCCCAGGCCCAGCUAGCCAACCAGCUCUUGAUCCCAGGCCUAGAUAUCCCAUCCAGCUCUUGAGCCCAGGUCUAGAUAGCCUACUCAAUUUUCAGGCCGAGGCUUAGUUAGCCUAUGCAUUGGCAUAGCCCAGGCCCAACUAGCCAACCAGCACUUGAUCCCAGGCCUAGAUAGCCCAACCAGCUCUUGAGCCCAGACCCAGCUAGCACACCCAACUUUUGAGGCCAGGCCCAGCAUGUUCACUCAGCUGUCAAGACCAAGCCCAGAUAGUCCACUCGAUUGCGAGGCCAAGAUAGCCCACUCAUCUGUCAAGCCCAGUUAGCUCAACCAGCUAGCCCACCCAUCUCUUAAGCCCAGGUCCAGCCCACUCAGCUUCCAAGACCAGGCCUAGAUAGCCCACUCAUUUGUCAGGCUGAAGCUCAGGUAGCCCACUUAUCUCUCAAGUUUAGGCCCACCUAGCUCACCAAGACCUCCAGUAAAUUAGUUAAAUUCUAUGAUUUCAUUUAGAUCAUACAGGUGAACAUCCACUGUGUAUUUUUGUGUGGCAAUGACUGAGAAAAGAAUUAAAGGUAGAUGGACAUCAUCUUUGCAUAUGUAGCACCCUUUAGUGUACUAGUAGGUUAGCAGGGGUUCCUAGUAGAUGAUAGGCUCAGCUGCUUCUAACAAAGCAAACAGAAUAUUGGCAUUAAAAAGGGGAUUCACUCCAG